AUGGACAUAAGAUCAAGAGAAAAGGAGAGACAGACUGUGACACAAACUUCCCUGGAUCAGUUUGCCGUUCGCAAGAAUGAACAGUCCACGGUUCGCAGGUAAGAUAUGAACACCAUGUUUAAGCAUCUACACUGGUUUUGAGUUAUUUCUACAUUGAGGAUGGGUAAUUUUUAGACACAAUUUAAAGCGAUCGAUCGAUAUCUGGAUAUGGAUCGACAUUACUUCUUCAGAGAGUACAUUAGGACUUUUGUGCAAUAGGAUGCUACGGUUGGUCAAUAAAAAAGUUCAGAUCUCAAAUUGGUUAUAAUUGUUCAUUUCUCGUAUAGCUUAACGCCGAUGCCUUCUAUUGAGAGCGUCAUUUUGGAUGAAUCAAAACGUAUACAAGGCAUCCCAAGGACAGAUUCAGGUGAGUCCAGUUUAUUUUUUUUUCAUCCUGUAAGGAACUAUAAAAGAUGCGUUAAAACGGAGGGUAGGGUAACAGAAUCUUGAUCGUAAAACGAUGUGAUACCAAUCUUAGAUGAAACUCGACAUUGUCUGGACAUUUUCUUUUAAAUUCAUUUCUACUUGUUCCGUAUACUGUAACGAUUAAACAUAAUCAAAAUAACAAAGCAAUCGACAAAGGCACUAUUUGCCGUUUUUGGUUGUUACAGCGGAAACCCUCUCUAAGAUGCCCAUUAAACUUCUCAAAUGGCCUCCAACGGAUUCUGGAAUGUUUCCAGCAGACGCGAAGAGAACCCUGGAAUUUACAUGGGUUCCCAAAGCUCCUUCAUUACAAGAAUGCAAAGAAAUGAUAAAAAAGGCCUAUGGCAUUAUGUCUUCGCAGUCGAUCAAGAUCUAUAACCACGACGCUUUUGAGGUUAUGCCAAUUGUACGAGAGGAAGAUUUCACUUUCUGUAGGAAGAAACUUGAAAAUAAUUAUGCCAGCUAUACAAAUCAUGUUGACAUGAACAAACUCUAUAUUGUUGCAAAUUCACCUACAAAUAGUAACGACCCGCAAGGACGGCAACCCACUUUGUCCCCGACCGAAGUGACGGAACGUACUAACGGCGCUUCUAAGGUUGGUCGCGACUUCUCUGAGCGGGUGAAAAAGGCGUUUCCCACAGUUGAGAUUAUUAUUGGCAACAAAAUUCAAGUGUUCUUGUGGCCACAUAGGCGCAUUGAACGGCCAAAGACGGAUGGGUAA